AAUACUCGUCAGAAACAUUUUCGAAUCGCACUCAAUCUUUUCUGAGAAAAUCGCGGCACAUUUUCUCGACGGCCAAACACUCCAGUCCCAGCCUCAUUCGAUUUGAAUCGGUGAAGAAUGUCUACCUCAAACCAGCAGCAGUUUCGGUACACUCAAACACCGUCGAAGGUGCUGCACUUCCGGAACCUUCCCUGGGAAUGCACCGAUGACGAGCUCGUAGACCUUUGUAGCCCCUUCGGCAAGGUCGUCAACACCAAGUGCAACGUUGGCGCCAAUCGGAACCAAGCUUUUGUUGAAUUUGUGGAUCUAAAUCAAGCCAUUUCAAUGGUCUCAUAUUAUGCUUCAUCUUCUGAGCCUGCUCAGAUUCGUGGCAAAACUGUUUACAUUCAAUAUUCUAAUAGACAUGAAAUUGUCAACAACAAAGGCCCAGGAGAUGUCCCUGGAAAUGUCCUACUGGUAACCAUUGAAGGUGUGGAGGCUGGAGAUGUGAGCAUUGAUGUUAUCCACUUGGUGUUUUCUGCAUUUGGCUUUGUACACAAAAUUGCUACAUUUGAAAAGACUGCUGGUUUCCAGGCUCUGAUUCAGUUCACAGAUGCUGAGACUGCUUCUUCAGCUAGGAAUGCACUGGAUGGAAGAAGCAUACCCAGAUACUUGCUCCCCGAGCAUGUUGGUUCUUGUCACUUGCGUAUUUCGUACUCAGCGCAUAAAGAUCUUAAUAUUAAAUUCCAGUCUAAUCGUAGCAGGGACUACACAAAUCCUAUGCUUCCAGUUAAUCAGACUGCUAUUGAUACUGCAUUACAGCCUGUAAUAGGUCCUGACGGAAAGAAGAAAGAACCAGAGAGCAACGUGCUUUUGGCUUCAAUUGAAAAUAUGCAGUAUGCUGUUACUGUGGAUGUUCUUCACACGGUGUUCUCUGCGUUUGGUACAGUGCAAAAAAUUGCCAUAUUUGAAAAGAAUGGUCAAACUCAGGCCCUAAUUCAGUACCCUGAUGUCACAACAGCAACAGCUGCCAAAGAAACUCUGGAGGGGCAUUGCAUAUAUGAUGGUGGCUAUUGUAAGCUUCAUCUAACAUACUCUCGUCAUACUGAUCUCAAUGUAAAGGCUUUUAGUGACAAAAGUAGAGACUAUACAGUGCUGGAUCCUAGUCUGCUUGCAGCACAUGCUUCGGCAACAGCUUGGCAGAAUCCUCAAGCGGCUCCUAUGUACCCAGGUAGUGCCCCUGCUUCACAAGCUCAAGUACCUGGAGGACAAAUACCGCCAUGGAAUCCAACACAGCAGGAGGUUAGGCCGAACUACGGAUCCGUGGCUGGUACUUUUCCUGAUCAAACUUAUGCACUUCCUCCAAUUCCCGGCUAUGCCCCGGCAGCAACACCUGCCACCGCCACCUCACCUCUUGCUCCAAGCAAUCCGAUUGUUCAUAAUGAAAGUUUCAUGGGAAUCACUCAGCCUGGUGUUCCACUGAAUGUAAAUUUACAGUCCAGUGGUGCUUCACCUCCAGUUCCUGGUUCUUCACCUCAUAUGCAAGCCAGACCAUUUCCUCAUGGUUCAUCUCCUGGCCCUCAACCUUAUUAUGGUUAAUAGUUUAUAUUUCAACUAAUGAAAAUCCCUUGCACUCGUAGAAUUUACCCCCUUUUCAAUUUUUCUAGUUGGGUCUUUUUAAGGAAUUAUGUUGAAUUUCAAUUUCAAUUUUUUUAUAUUUUAAGUAUGCCUUUUCUCCUAUUACCCAAACCUUCCCAGUAUUAUCCUUACUCCUUGUAGGGCCUUAUGUUUAUUUUUAUUUCUUCCUAUUUACCAACUCCUAUUUGAUACAAAGGCUCGCAGCAGUAAAUUAUUUCCAUUUCAUUUUAUUUUAUUUGGAUGCCUGCUAUUUUCUUUU